CAAGACUACAAAAAGCACACUUUUUCCCCCCAUUUUUUUUACCACCUCAGAACUACAAAGUAUCGGCCAUGUAAACUACAUUUUUAAAACAAAUAUCUACCGAGACCUGGUCAUCUUGUCCAGAACAUCCAACCUGCCGUAGCAUCGCUCCCUCCUCCCCGUCAUUGAUGUUGAAUUGAGAAGAAGAAGGACUCUGGCCUCUGCUGACACAGGUUUGGUGAAAACAAGAAUGGCUUUAAAUUUGAAAGACUUAAGACCAUUCUAAAUAAACUUUUAAGUUUAAUAUAUGCCCGUCCCUCAUAUGAAUUAGGCAAACUAUUUUCUGUGGCCAUUUCUGCAAAGUCAGUAGAUCAUUUAUUGAUUGGGGAUAUUAAUAGGUUAACCAACGAAUUUGCUGUUUUUUUUUUUUUUAAAGCAUGUUCUUGUGAUUACAGUAUACCACUUUUUAAAAUAAUUAAUAAAAGUGAAGCUUCAUUUUCAAUUUGUUAUAGAUUCAUACGUUGACUCAUAAUUAAAAUCAUGAACCCCGUUUCCAACUUCAGUGAUGUCUUCAACAAAAUGGGAGAUGGUAGACUCGCAGUGUACUUAUAUGCAGAGCCGUCGAGUGAUUCUUGGAGGAAACCUGCCCCAUUCCUGUUUUUAGUCCCCUGUUUUCAAAGUUGAUAGUUGAUUUUUUUUACAAAUCACAUCUUUGGGCCCAUUAAAUUAUGUACUGAGGUUCACUACAGCUACAGGGUUUGCAGUGAGCAUAUGACAGCUCUGAUAUAUAUGAGCCCCGAUCAAGGCUGCUACUAUGGACAAUCAGGGCUGACGGCUAUCCUGCAUCUAUCCUAAGUGUUUUGGUAGAUUCAUUUUAAAAUCAGUUCUGCUGCAUGCCAAGUCAAAGAAAUAAUGUGUACACCAGGGGUCUCAAACACAAAUUAUCCGGGGGUCGCAGGAGGUGGAGUUUGAUUUAGACUGGGCCACAUUACGUUUUCCACAAAAAAGCGAUUACAAAUUCAAUAAAGUACAACUGUUACAAUCUCCUCAACCUUUAUUAAUAACAUAUAAAAACAUUAAAGGGUUCUCAAGAACUAGGCUUAAUUUGCUUCCUCCUAUUCCUUGUUGCCAGAGACCUGGCAGCGUUUCUUCUUACACAGCUUAACAACAUUUGGCUUGAGUGAGAAAGCAACUGAGUAUAACUAAAAGAUGUUCAUCAGCAAGAUUGGCCCUGAACUUUGACUUCUUAAAGUUCAUAGUGAAAAUGAGCUUUUCACACAGAUAAGUACUCCCAAAAAAGGCACAUGAUCUGCUUGAACAACUUGGAAAUUUCAAGGAAUGUGGAGGGCAAUCCUCUCAUAAAUUAUCCAUGGUUCUCUGUUUUUUUCCAUUCACCCCCAUGAGUUCAGAAUAUACUUAAGAAGCGCAAUUUGGAGGGGGUGGGCUCAUCUUCCACACUGAAGGAGAAAGCGUCAGCAAAAAUUUGAAAAGUGUCUGUGUGUUUUAAGUCUGCAAAUAUGUUAUCAAAUUCUUCCUGUAGCUUUGCAAUGGCAUCAGUAUACUUACUACUGAAUUCCCAUUGUAAGGGGAAUGAAUUUUUAUUUUUAUUUUUUUUAAAGAAAAGACCUUUUUGACAAACCUUAUCCAUUUUGAAAGUGACCAAGUUAACAGACUCAGAGUGUCCAUCACUGGAUGACGCUAGCGACAAUUUUAGUUGGGAUUCUUUGAAUACUACGAUUUACACAAUUAUGGUUGUGCCUUACCGACUGACUUUUUAAACUUUUCACAAAACCGCAAUUUGGCCGCCAUGUUCGUCUCAUAAAAUGUUAAAAAAUAAAAACGUUUAGUCUGAUUUUUAAAACGGAUUAUACCAUUAUAAUCAACGUCCAAAUCUAUAUACAAAUCAGAAUUAGAUUAGUCUGUAAAAUUCACAUUAUAGAUAUGAGAAUGGGGAAAACGCGAGGGCUGCAUUACUAUUAAACUUUGCUGUCAGGUAUUUGGCCGAAAAUAUCGUAUCGCUGGCCGCAAUUGGCCCGCGGGCCGCAAAUUUGAGACCACUGGUCUACACAUUUCCACGGCACGCUGUUUUCCGAUUGAGCCGUGAGUAUAGUGUCUUACAAGCUGUGUAAUAUGCGAUGAUGAAGAAAGGCUGCACUAAACUGAAGUAAUUCCCUUUUCUUGUCGCCGGACAUUCAAAAAAUAAAAUAAUCGACUUUACAGGAGCAGCCCCCUGUGCACGGAGACCAGAGUCCAGAGCUGCCGUCGACUCCAUGCAGGUGGCGACCACACUCUAUUCGAGAGGGUAUCGGCUUGGUCCACGAAUCGGAAAAGGCAGCUAUGCCAAAGUCAAGAUCGCUGAGAGAGUGGCAGACAGCAGGAUCUUGGCCGCGAAGGUUUGUGUAGCCACAAGACUUUUAGUGUGCAAUAACUAUAAGUAGGUAUCACUAGAUUUCGUUUUUUCCCGCUCUCUUUUACACACACAUGGCACGUACACACACGCCAAUAGAGCGAGUGAGUGGCUAGAAAGAGAGAGAGAGAGAGAGAGAGAGAGAGAGAGAGGGGGGAGAGGGAGAGAGAGAGAGAGAGAGAGAGAGAGAGAGAGAGAGAGAGAGAGAGGACAUCGAAAGAGAGAGAAGAGAGAGAUCACACACAUGGCGCGGACACACACGCAAAGAGAGAGAGAGAGAGGGGAGAAAGAGAGAGAGAGAGAGAGAGAGAGAGAGAGAGAGGGGGGAGAGGGAUAGAGAGAGAGAGAGAGAGAGAGAGAGAGAGAGAGAGAAAGAGAUAGGACAUCGAAUAAGUGAGAGUAGAGAGAAAGAAAAGGAGAGGGAGAGAAAGGAAGAGGAAAUGGAACGAGUGGGGGAGAUGAGAGAUAUUGACAUAUGGAUUAAGUCAUAAUGAGCUUUACGGAAAGGAUCAAACAUCAUAAUGAAACGUUGUGUGCCAAGAGCUCACUGGAAGCUAUACGUAAAUUACUUAAUGUUGUUCACGAAUUUUUGCCCAGCAACGUCACUAUGAGUUGGAGUUACCCAGUGUGGUAAACUCGUGGUGCCACCCACUCCAGACUUCCCCACGCCUGCUCUGGUGACAGCUUGCUCUGAUGACACCUGCUCUGGUGGCAACCUGAUCUAAUGCAACCUACUCUGGUGACACCCUCUUCUGAUGGUGCUCUUCUUUUACUGAACUUGGAUCUGUUACGAAACCGACUCGAGCGAGUACUGACAAAUUCGCAAAAGAAUGCUACCCGGUGCGAUCCGCUACCCACUCCCACCAGUGACGCUACUGUCCAUGCAGGGUUUUUUUCAGCUCUAUCUCCGGGGGGUGGGGGCAGUGCCCCCCGGGUAAAGCCAAGUGCCCCCCCCAAGCAAAAAUAUGUCCAACAAUAAAUCAACUGGAACUGCUGGCACUGCCCCCCCCCUCCCCUUUCCGAAAAAUCUGAAGUGCCCUCCCGGGGGAAAAUUUCUGAAAGAAACACUUUGUACAUGAUUCAUAGUUUUCGAAUAUAUUUUAACGCUUUCUGCGUUCACUCUAUAGUACAAACUUAUUAUAGCCUAGCGAACGGUCUUUACACAAUCCCCUCUUAAAUAAUCUAUCGGGUGCGUGAAGUUCGAUUGAACUUUGAAGAUCUCUAAAACAACCCUGAUAUUUGUUAACCAUGUCUAAAAGCAAUUUGUUUUCUCUUUUAGAUCAUAUGUCGACGUCGCGCUCCAAAGGAAUUUCUCGACAAAUUCAUGCCCAGAGAACUGUCCGUGAUCCUCUCAUUGAGUCACCCAAACGUAGCGAAAAUUUAUGAGGUAACCCUUGUUCAGUAUACAGAUAAAAUAGCUGUAAGAAAUCGCGUUGUCGUGUCCGUGUGAAAAUGAAACACAUUCGAAUAUAUAAUAUAUGAUAGGAUAACAUGAAAAGUAAACGGUUCUUUGUGGAUGAAGCUGAACAGAAGUGUUCAUGAAAAGGGAUCGGUUGGAAUAUUUCAAAAAGUCGUCGAUUCUUUUAAAAAUAACUUGUUAAUGGCGGUGUGCAAUAUGGGCUGCAUAGCUCACGUCUUUCUUGUAAUUAAAAAAAAACCAUUGAGCUUAUUUAUAAACUAAUUUAUUGCCAUUGAAUGCUAUUAAUCAGGGAUGGUCCAAUGCAGGUUUUGGUCCUGUUAACUGUGGCACCAGUUGGACAAACCGAUAUCUGCUAUAUUUUUACAUAGAAAUUUCGUUAUGAAACACUUUUUUAAAUUACAUUUUUAUUUUAUAAUUUAUAUUGGACCACUGUGUCUUAAUACUUGUUUACGUGCAUAUUAACAAAGAUUAAAAUACAUUAUUAUAUAUUUAAUGUUUUCGUCCCCCCAAAACCAUAGACUGGCUCCCUAAAAAAUAAUAAAAAUUUUGGCAAGCUGCUUCUAUUGACCCCACCCCCUUUUUUUUUCUCUCUCUCUGUUUUAUAACUUGUAACUCCUAAAUCCCGUUAAGCGGGAACCAAUACUUUAUAAUAUCAUUUAAAAUAUUUUCUUUUGUAAUCACUUUGACUUCAAAAGAUUAUUCACACCAAUGAAAUUGUUUGCAUUAUCAUGGAGUUUGCCGAACGAGGGGAUCUACUCGAUUACAUCAAGAGACGCGGGGCACUGAAUGAACGGUUGGCUGGUAAACUCUUUGCUCAAGUAAGUUUUAAAAGAUUUAAAACAAAAAUAAUUUUGUACUUGAUGAACAGAUCACAAAAUAGAAAUUCAGAGUCAUUAUAUCCUGAUGGUAGCAUUAAUUUUUAAGGUUAGUGUAGCUAAAACAACGAACGUCACUCUUGCCUUUGGGGCCAAGGAUCACCCGUUAAUUGAAGCUCGGCUGCCUUCAAAUGUGGCUGCAUUUUCUGAGGUGAAAAAAUAUGACGACUUCGGCAUGCUUCCAAUUCCAAGAGACGAUGGUUUAACCUCGCAUGGAAACUAUAGUGAAACCACGGAACCAAUACGAGUUUUUUUUUUAUGUAACGUCAACAGUUUCUUAAGCAGCACCCCCCUCCCCCACACACACACUUUUUUUUUUGAAGUUGUUGGUCUAAUAGCCGUGAAAAAGAGAGGGUUAAGGGGGUGACCAACAGACAGAGUCGGCCUUUAGGGGGUGCGACCUGUUCCCUCGCACAAGGCGCCGUGGCCAUAGGGGCGCCUGGGACGCCCAGUAAAUAUUCAAACUCCCUUAGUUUAUUAUAGUGAAGUGUGACCCUUGGGUCCGGGGGUCGAGAAACGGUAUUCUAACUUUUCGUAAAAUCCCUUUUCAUACAAUGAAAGUUGCAUUCAUGAUAACUAACACUCGGGUUGGGACCAACCGAAGGGGCAUGGAAAUAAAUUUAUUAAUACUGUAUUUCCUUGCCGUCUUACAAUUAUUUCAGCAGAAAGAAUAUGGGGAACAAAAAGCUUUCCGGGGCGCAUCAUCGCAAGCGCAAAGCAGAAAAAGUUCGCCGUAAUCGGAAAAAGAACGGAGCCAUACAGGGACAGGGAAGGGGGCGCCGAACGGGUGCUCGUACAGGGCGAAAGUUUACCCAAGGCUUAACUUUGGCGCCCUUAUAAAGUAUGAUCAUUACAGGAAAAAAAACAGUUAUUCGUUAAUGAGUUUAUUAGCUACGUUGUUUUGUUAAAACAAACAGUAUGAACGAUUACCAAAUAACGAUUUUUCUCCUUUAAAGAUUAUAAUUAUAAAGGGCGCCAAAGUUAAGCUUGCACAGGGCGUCAGCAACCGUCGGGCCGGCCCUGCAACCGGGCGCCAGUCUCAGUGGGCGCAAAUAUAGUAAAUUAUAAUUAAAUGAUGUAUAAUUCCCAUAUAAUUUAUUAUUUAAUGAUGGAAUUGGGGGGGGGGGGAGCAUUUUAAAGCGUUGCAUUUGGGCUUAGCUUUUCCUCGGCAUGGACCUGCAGCUUGGCACCAAUUAGCUCAGUGUUGGAACCCCUACGGGGCUCUAUCUCCGUAUUAUUCUGCCUGCGUUUACUCAUCUAUAGCUCUAACCAUAAAGGAUGUAGCCGCAAGCCAUCGCAGGCCUAAUGUAUUGUUAACAUUUUCUUUCUCUGUGUCGUGUCGACCUCCGAGGCGGACUCGUCCCGUCCACUCUAAUGUGAGUGUACACUGUAGUUAGUGUCUGGUAUGACUUGGGUCUGACCUCAAGCCUACGAGUAUGUCUGGUUGACCGUGCCACCGUGUCGCAAGAAGUGUCGACACUGAACAUGGUAUACAUUCUUGCGGCUUGGGUUUCACAAAACCCUGUGGAGUAUUAACUUGUAAAUAAACCCAGGGUGCUUUUCAGAGAACGAGGAUUUGCUUUGUUUGUGUCUUUACUGAAAUUCAAUAAAUUCCCCAAUAGGUGUGCCAAGGUGUGGAUUAUCUCCACAGUCGCUGGAUCUGUCACAGAGACUUAAAGUGUGAAAACAUUUUACUAAGGCGAGACAUGACAGCAACUUUGUCUGAUUUCGGAUUCUCCAGAACUAUACAUGACCAAAGAUUUCUGAGCAGGUAUUUACUUAAUCAUUUUUUUUUUUUUUUUUUUUUUUUUAAUUUUUUUUUUUUUUUUUUUUUUUUUUUUUUUGAAUGUGUGUUUGUGUUUUAUGUUCAAAUUCCAUUGUAAAAUAAUUAUAAGUACAUGUCUAUCAUUUAUACAUUGACAGUAAUUGACCCAUUAAAAAUAAAUAAACAUUAGUUAGUCAUAAUAUUAUUAAUAAAUUUAGGCAGUUCUGUUGAAAUAAAUUACAUUCUUAAAAUAGUUUUUUUUAAAAUAAAAUUAUUAUUAUUGUUUGUAGUUUUCUACAAUAGUGUUUGUUUCGUAGGGGAGAGCCGGAUCGGUUGUCUCACACUUUUUACAUUUUUUUGUCCACCAUCAAUUUAGUUUAUAUUUAAAUGAAGUAAAAUUUUUACCUAGUGGUAGUUAAGUCAUUUACGGUUAAUAUGGUACGAGUUGAAUUAGAUAUAGGAUACUAUUUUUGAGAUAUUGCUGUGUCUACAAGGUCUCCAGCAUGUGACAUGAGCCCCACCCACGGGGCUGUUUGUCAAAUGGCGUUGUGUAGGUUGUCACUUAGUGUUGGGUAGGUUGUCACAUAGUGUUGGGGUAGGUUGUCAUAAAGUGUUGGGUAGUUUGUCACAUCAUGUUUUCAUGUGCAUUUAGACAAAGUAAUUAGCCGAUAAUCUGCGCUGAUUGGUUUACUUAUCUGAAAUAUAUUAUGUCUAAAGUGUAGCAUCUAGACUAAGUUUAGGCUAAACAUAUAAAGAUAACUUUAAUUACUUUCAGUAUUAUUGUCGUUGUGAAUUAGGUUAUCUAAAAGAGCUUAAUUGACGGUCCCUCACUGACUAGUUCCCGGCUUCACUCAAUAGAAUGAUCAAACUCAUUUCUGUAUUUUACAUUCUAAAGAAAUCUAGGGCAUUUUAUACUUUUUGGACUCAUAAGGUACAGAAAAUGUACAUUUUUUGACAACCUAUGACUUUUUCAGCAAUGAGUUAGAACAUUUAAAUUGCUUGUACAGACAGUAAUGCAUAGAAUAGACUAAGGCUGUAAUGCAUAGAAUACACUUAGUAAUGCAUAGAACAGACUCAGACUCUAACGUAUAUAACAGAUUUAGAAUGUAAUGCAUAGAACAAACUUAAACAGAAAUGCAUAGAACCGACUUAGAAAGUAAUGCAUAGAGCAGACUUAGAAAGUAGUGGAUAAAACAUAAUACUUUUUUUCGGGGUUUAACUUUGAUUGGAAACCAACAUCUAUUCAUCCAAUAGUGGGACUAAGGACAAUUUUAGAAAAUACACAGAUUAAAUGAGUGAAAACUAAAAAUAAAAAUCGAACAACCUAGUCUUAUGUAAUUAUCAUAAUGUUUAAUGAAAUAGUUGCUUAAGAGAAGGAAUAUUUUGUACCAAGAAUUUUCUAAAAGUUAUAUUCUAAAUUAUAUUUGAAAGGAUUUGCAUAUUACACCAUGACACCCAGUCCCCAGAAAGUUUGAGACACGCUACCUCAUCAUGAAUAACUUGCCGUUGAAUUGAUUUUACACUGAAACGUGCAAGUUUAAGAAAAUAUCUUUAUAGGUUUUAAAUCUAAAAUAAAUAAUACAACUACUGACGUGAUAAAAUAAAUAUAAUUUAUAGCUUAAACUUUAAUAAAAGAAAAAAAGAUCAUAGUAGGAGAAAAUUUACUUAUCAUUUCAAAACAGAAAAAUCUCAAAAUCUAUUUUUUACACGUUCAAACCAUUUGAAAUGAAGUAUGAUACUAUUUAGUUGUGCCUUUUAGCACCGGAUUUAAAUAGGUCGCAUUUUAUCUGGUCUUUACAAUAUAAGCGAUGAGACAACCAGCCCCCUCCUUUUUUGCGAAAAUCAUUGGUCCACAGUUUAAAAAUAUGAUAUGAAGUCCUUCAAUGCAAAAAUUUUGAAGAAAAUAUUUUUAUAGGUGAUGUGAUCAUGAUGAUUUGUUUUAUGGUUGCGGAUUGCUAAAAACCUUUAACCAAUGAAAUCCUAUUGACGCUAACUUCUCCACAGCACGUAUUGCGGCAGCGCUGCUUAUGCUUCUCCUGAACUCUUGCGUGGUAAACCCUACAAGCCUCUGCAGAGCGACAUCUGGAGUCUCGGCUGCAUACUAUUUAUAAUGGUCACCGGCCAGAUGCCUUUCUAUGAUAAAAACACGAAAAAGGCGAGCUAUGCGUGAUCUACGUCUUUGGCUUACACAAUGUUAAUGAGUAUUUAUUUUUAACAUCCCUUAUAAGUGCCACGCUGAAUUUUAGAAAAAAUAAAUAAAAAUAACAUGGGUAGGCUUGUAAAUUUUGUUUUUAACUUUACGUGGCGCCUUGAAAUAGUACCCCCCCCCCCCAAUCCAACUUUCCCAAACAGUGAGAUUACCUUACCGUAGUUUGGAGACCAGUGAUCCAGAUAAUUUUGUCACACAUCUGUUUAACAAACAAAUGUCUCUAGUAUUGUUUGAUGUGAAGUCUUUUGUCACAGCCAUGCUACUUUAUUGUGUUAUAUUGUUCAACUUACAUAAUGGCGUAUCAGUUUUUACCAGUGAAGAAAUAAAAUAAAUAGACGCUUCUCAUUUUUCUAUUAAAGGAUAUUGUAAAACUUGAAGCGUUCCCAUUAACAUUUUAAUAAACGACGUGGAAUGCUUCUCACUGACUCGAAGAACGAGAUUUUAAUGUUUGCCUGCAAUUAAAAAAAAUAUAUAUACAAACAAACAAAAAAGCACAACCAUUAAAGUUAUUUAAAGAGUUCAGUACAGAUCGUUCAAAAAAGGAAUCAUUAUAUAAUUUCAUUACAACGGAAGACCCAAAGAAAUCUGACAGAGAAACAAAUAUAGAGAGAGGCCAAUGUUGAAUAGAAAGCUGAUCCCGGAGACAGCUCCCACAGAUACAGGCAAUGUACGGACGUGCUGAAUAUUCACUGUUGUUUCCAACGCCCGAAUAAGAUCUCUUUGGACAGCGGUCCUCAAUCUAAGGGUCACGGCCCCUUUGUGGGGUCGAACGACACUUACAGGGGGGUCACUUAAGACAGUAGGAAAACACAUAUUUUUUGAAGUAGCUACGAAAAUAAUGUUAUGGUCGGGGGUCACCGCAACAUGAGGAAUUGUAUUUAAGGGACGCGGUAUUAGGAAGGUUGAGACACACUGUCUUAUAUUUUUAUAUUUCUGUUUUCGCAGAUGAUGUACCGGCAGCUGAAAGGAAAGGUCAACUUUCCAGAAAACCGAAACAUUUCCCUCGGCUGCAAGCAUCUAAUAACCAGCACCCUAGAGCCCAACAGCGAUCUCAGAUACAACAUCAAAGACAUUCUAUCGCACUCAUGGGUCCAGCUCUACAUUGAUGUGACACGUGUAUCGGCGGUCAGCUGCUC